UCCUGAGCUGUUCGGGAUUAACUCUGUGCGGGUGUGCCUCAGUUUCCCUGGGCACUACAGCACUAUCUGCAUGAAGAGGGGGGAGGCUGGGCUUGACUCAUGGUGGAAGUAUGUUCAGUCUCCCACCCCCUGAGGACCAGGUGACAGCAGAUAACACCUUGGGCCUGGAAGCAGGACAAAGCAGGAGGCGGGGUUGCCUGGGGGGCUGUGAGCAGUGGCUGAGUGCAGGACCUUUGUGGGGACCAGUAUUUGAACCAAUUCUAAUAAAACCAGAUUUCCUUCAACAGAAAUACUGACAAAAAUCGCCAUCAUAAAGAAGACACUGCAAACUAGAUACCUUUUGUACGAAUCCAAGCGGAGGAUAGUUGUUUACUUUUUCAUAUUAUCCCAUUCCUGUCUUGAUACUGGAACAGUGCUGAUAUUACAAUCUAUACGGUAGACUAGCUGCUACCAUAUUUUCUUUGUGCAGAUUCUAGGAGGUUUAUGGUAUCAACGGUGUCUCCUAGGAGUUCUGUACAAUCAAAGACGGGAGUUCUACAGAGAGCCGGGUGUGAUGCGGCUGCUUCACCCAUCGCAGAGUCCCGCCCGUGUCUCAGUGUGACUUUUAAAUGCCGCGGGAUGGAAGCAGACAGUUAAGGAGCGGGUUAUGCUCCCCUGCGUUUCCCAUUGCCCAACUCAGAGCCUGCAUGCCGAAUCGGACCCGAGACGAUGAAAGACGCCCCCAAGGACCUGGCCAGCCUGGAGUACAGGCUGGACUCUGCUCCUCAGCUGCGCUGUGAGAAGAAAACAGACUUGGUGCCCGUUUGCCAAAGUUGCGAGACAUGUAUCUUGGCUUGGAAGGUCUUCUCCACCAAGGAGUGGUUCCUGCGGGCCAGCAAUGCCUCCCAACGGAAGUUCCUGGUGGGGAUCGUGAAGCGAUUCAACAGCCUGGAUUUGCUGAACUAUGCGGAGAAAGUCCUGCAGAGCGCCCAUGGGAAGGAUUUCACUUUCAGCCGCUCCCGCAUCAGCCCCAGCUUCAGAGAAGACCCGACCGCAUCCACGUCCACGUGGGACCGGGCUUUGAACACAGAGAUGCUAGAGCAGGCCAUGCUGGAGACCUGGAAGUGGUUCAGACACGGUUCCUACUGGACGAAGGCAAACUACACACUGCUCUUGUUGCAGAUGUGUAGCCCGAAGUUACUGUUCAUGGCUGCCAACCUGGUCCGAGUCCGCCUGCUCAGGGAGCAGAGUGCCAGCUCCAGAGAAACAGUUCCUUCCGAGGAAGAGGAAUUAAAAAUCACCGUGGUCAUCACUGAGGCCGAAAGCAGCGUCCUGCCAGAGGAACGCCCAGGGUCCAGCUCUCAAGUGCAUCUACAACCCGCAUCUCAGUCCUUCCUGACUCCCUCCAUAGCCGUCGAAAGUGGAAUCUUAUCGGAAGGAGCCAGUCAGAUCAGUGAAAUAGGCCUAGGAGUCCUAGGGCAGAUACCAUGCUUCAGUGCCAGAGAGGUGGUGCCCCUCUGUCGUGAGAGAGCUGCCUCAAUGGACGAGGAUAUGUCCACUGUAUCUUUGAUCGACCCAGCCCUUGCCGCCGACCCUGCGUCUUUCCAGUCAGCCACUGGGAUCUACAAGUACAAGGACUUCAUCCGCAGCCUGCCGACCCACCUGUCCAAGUACAUCCUGAGGUUUCUGGAUUCCAGGACCCUCAACAGGUGCACUUCCGUGAGCCAGCACUGGGCUCUCCUGGUGAGACAGGUCAAGCAGGAACAACUGGUGCGCAGACUAGUCCUGGAAGAGAUUGUCUAUUUGCAGGGGUCAUGUCCUAGGGGAGUCGUUCCCAGUUACGCUAAAAUGACCAACGUGGUAAUCCCAAGGAUAACUAAAGAUGGGGACAUCAUCCCAGCACGAGGCCACAAAUGGAAGCGCAGAACCAAGGAGGAGGACAACCUUCAGGCAGCUUACCGUGGCCAGAUGACUGAAACUGUCCAGCUGGAGGAGAGAAACAUUUUCUGCGGCUCCUAUAAUGUCCGUGUCCUCACAGACCAGUAUGUACAUAAGGGAAUGAGGGGAGUGUUCCUGGAUGUGCUGGAGCUGAAGGAGAUGCCUCUUGUGAUCAGUGGCCAUGCCGGGAGCAUCAAGGCCGUGUUCCUCAACGAGAAGAAAGGGUUCGUGCUCAGUGCCAGCUUCGAUCUCAGCAUCAGAUGCUGGAAUAUAUUCACCGGGACUUGUUUGAAGAUCUUUAACGGUCACACGGGGACCAUCACCUGCCUGGACUUGUACAAAACCAAGAUUGUGUCAGGAGCGAAAGACGGGAUGGUCAAAGUGUGGGAUUUAAGCACCGGGCGAUGCCUCAAAACUCUAAAACACAAAGAUGCCAUUUGCACAGCUAAAAUCAACAGCCUGCACAUUGUGAGCAGCUGCGAAAAAGGGGUGGUGAAAGUGUGGCAUGUUGAGACGUGCGUGUUAAUCAAGACCUUAGAAGGACACCAAGGCCCAGUCAAAUGUCUGUCCUUCGACCAGUGGCAUCUAGUGACAGGAAGCUCUGAUGGAUUUGUCCUGGGAUGGAGCAUGGUGGGAAAGCAUAAGAGAUGCCUAGUAGCUUUCAGGCAUCCACAGGAAGUCCUGUAUCUAGCGUUUCUGUAUCUCCGAGUUAUCAGUGGCUGUGCUGAUGGAAAAAUACGUAUAUUUAACUUCAUGACGGGGACCUGCCUGAAGGUGAUGCGGGCCAACAGCAGAGGUGACCCUGUGGUGUCCUUCUGCAUUGUGGAAAACAGGAUGGUGAUCAAUGCUCUAAGCAGCGUGCUGAUGUUCCAGUUUGAGGACGUAGAGUGGGACUACACACUAGAGGCUGAUCGAGCGGAAGAAACACAGGAUAAGGAAAAGCAGAAAGACAUUAGGAUCAAAAUGCAGGGCUAUCAGCACGAUCGUGCUCGACGCGCCAAACGGGAUGCAGCUAGCCACAGGAAGAUAUAUCAAUAUCCCACGGAGCAAGCAGAUGAGGACCAGAUAAUGUUGUCAUACAUGAUUCGCCGUCAGUCAGCAAGGAACUCUGGGGCACCUCCAAGUCUCCACUAUGAAUUUGUGAAGACACCUGUUCGCCGGCCAAGUCAGAUUUUGCAAAGGAGUAUGGGUUGCCUUGAUAUACAGCCGGACCAGAAGAAAAGGUUUGCUCUUCUUGGGAGACAACAGACCUAUAGCAGCGAUUCAGAGGAUUCAGGUCGAACAUAUGGUGCAGCAACACCGCGAAGUUUACCAGAGUCUGAUAUCGAAUCUGGUUACGAUUCUCCAGCCCACACACCUUCCUUUGCUGAAAGAGCUGAGGCUGCUUUACAGGGUAUGAAGAAAUGGGGCCCACAUUGUCCCAUUUCUCCUGACCAGAUCCUCUUGACUGUCAGCACGCUGCAGCACGCCUACAAGCCAGACCAAGUCAGUUCCAAUAUGAUGCACAAUGUGAAAAUCAGGGAUGCCUGGGGACCUCCUCUGCGCCCCCAAGAACGCUCUAAGAAGAUGGCAACCUCCAAAAUCCUUAAGCAAGAGAAAGAGGACCCAUCAGCCCAACUCAGAUACAUCAAAUCUGCCAGUGGCUCACUGCCUAUGAAAAGAAUCUCAACCCCAUUUGAAACCAAAAGACUGAAGCUGAACUUGAAGAACUCUUUGCACGGGUCAGCAGUGAGCUCCUUUAUUCCUGCUCCUGUGAUUGUACGCUCCAAGUCAUGCUGCAGCUUGUCAGAAGAAAAGAAGGUUCAUACUGGCCAUGGCAGAGCCACUUCCUUGUCGGCAGGUGGGGGUCAGCUGAUCGGCCACAUAACAAGCUCAUCUGAAUCCAUCAAAUCGACGCGCAUGAUGAUCGCACAAACUAAAAUUGAGAGUGGGUUCCGGCGAGAAACUCCCCUCUUCUUACAAACUGCAAAUCCUUACCGGAACAACUGUGGAUUCAAGCUUCUGACACUGAAGCAGAUGAAAAUGUGUGGAGAAGCAACUGCUGUUGAGUAUCAAGCACACCGAACAAAACGUAUCGCAGACCAGCAAAAAGAAUGCAGGAAGGCCUGGUUAAAGAAAAUUAAAGGCCUUCCCAUAGAUGAUUUCACCAAGGAGGGAAAAAUCGCUGCUCCUGAACUUGGGUUUAAUGUGUAUGUCUGAGCUAAGGCACACUACCAGCUCUUUUAAAGGAAGAAAUGCAAACAACUUUGGGAUUUGGGGGUUGCUCAAAUUGUUUGAUUCAGCUGUGGUCCCCAUUUGAGGAUAUCAUCUCAUGACUCUAUCAGGGGCGGGGGGAAGAAUUGUAUAAGGAACACUGUAUGAUUCUUCAAGAAAAUAUUACGAACAUAAUUAAAUAGCCCUCACAGC